AUGGCACCAUUUGAGUUAUUAUAUGGGAGAAAGUGUCGAGCUCCAAUUUGUUGGAACGAAGUUGGGGAGGAAGUAAUUGAGGGGCCAGAGUUAGUCAGAAUUACUAAUGAAAAAGUGGAUUUAGCUAAACAAAAGCUGAAGGAGGCCUGGUCACGUCAGAAAAGUUACGCUGAUAGGCAUCGAAGGGAACUAGAAUUUGCACCAGGUGAUCAUGUCUUUCUAAAAGUGUCUCCACGUAAAGGUGUUCAUCGUUUUGGUCUUAAAGGGAAGCUUAGCCCCAGGUUCAUUGGUCCUUUUGAAGUGUUGGAAAGGGUAGGAGAAGUGGCCUACCGCAUCGCUUUACCUCCAUCACUAUCGCAUGUGCAUAAUGUAUUCCACGUCUCUACUUUAAGAGGUUACAACUAUCACCCGCUGCAUGUGGUGGAAUACCCACUCCAUAAGAUUCAAGAAGACCUUUCGUGCGAGGAAGAAGCAGAAACAAUCCUAGAACGAGAAGAACGGAUAAUGCGAAGGAAAACCAUACCAUUUGUGAAGGUGUUAUGGAAGAAUCAUUCAGAAAGAGAGGCUACAUGGGAACUCGAAGACUCAAUUCGGGAGCGAUAUCCACAUUUAUUCUGA